AUGCCGAAACUAAAAAUCCCCAAAGCGGAAUUCAGUGACGAAAAGCCGGACUUAAGCGUUAAAGUAAAGCAAAAGCGUAAAAAUGCGCACCAGGUGCGUAAGUAUUUUCAGUCCGCUGGCCCAACCAAGCAAAAGUGCAACUUCUGCGGCUGGGAAACGCGUGAAAAUGCCACACGAAUGGUGCAGCAUAUCGUGCAGCGGUGUAACGAUGCGACGUCGGAAGCCCGAGACGAGAUAUCGGCAUCGGUGGUGGAUGCCGAAGAACGGCUUAUGCAGUCCUUCUUUACGUCGCAUAACAAAAAGGUUGUGCACGACUUUUUCAAAUCGGUGGACAACGAUCGGAAGCGUCAGUGUGUGUUCUGCAAAUGGACCACGAUCUUGAACCUGACACGGAUGCGUUAUCACAUCCUGCAGAUGUGUCACUAUGUGCCGCCCACGGUCAGGCAAAGCUUCCUGAAGCAGGAACACUCGGAUGAUUCUCAGUAUGAUACGUACUGCAUCGUUAAUGUGGAUGAUGGUGAUCGUAAGGGGCUGCAGGUGGUGUCCAGCAGUUCGUUAGAGCAUGCUGAUGCGGCAGUAGUUCAGGAGGUGGUGAUCAACUCUGACGAUUACAUGGAUCAGGUGGAGCCAGACACGUACUAUGAAGAGGAGGUUGCAGAACAACUGUCGCAAGACCAUCCGGAUGAUCUGCCGGUUAAGAAGUCUGCAUCGGACGAUGAGAUUGAGUUGGAUUUGGAAGAAGACGAAAAUCAAAGUGAAGAGCUGCCUGAAGCUGAGGCGCCUGAAGACGAAGGCAAGAAAGCCGAGCUUCAGUUUGUCAAUGUUACCGAAAGAUAUUACACGGUAAAGAAAAGAAACGUUCUGGAAAGAUCUCCACCCGUUAAGACCGUAAAUGUAACGAAACAACGAGCAACAGAAGUGCGAAAAAAUCAAACGAUCAGGCAAUCCCCGAAACCUACCACACUGCGAAUAGUACCUCAAAAGAAUCAGUCAAGAUUGAGCGAAGAACAAAUGAAUAAAUUCAGGACACGUUUGGCCAUUGCCAGCACACCGAAACAAACAGCUGUGGUUAGGAAGGAACAAGACGCAACAAAAUCUCCUCCUCGGAAAAGUGAUCAGACUGCACCGCAAAAAGAAAAGCGAGAUGAGAACUCAAUUCCACUGUUGCAAAAGUCGGUCACCAUCGUGAAGACAUCACAGCAGGUAAAGCAUCGCGCAGGAACGUCGACGUCUCUUCAGAAUACCCCGCGACAGGAAAGCGAUGCAGCCGUGCCGGAAGAUCAAGGAUCGUGCCAUUCGUUCGGUGGCGGACAUGUCUACCCACAGGAAGCGCCGCGAUUUGUCGACCACAAGCUCCAGUACACGAAGGCCGUCAUCUCGCGUCCAGCUCCGGAGUUCGAAGCUACAGCCGUGGUGGAUGGUGCCUUCAAGAAGAUCAAACUUUCGGACUACCGUGGCAAAUACUUGGUGUUCUUCUUCUAUCCGCUCGAUUUCACCUUUGUGUGUCCGACGGAAAUUCUUGCCUUUUCCGACCGGGUGAAUGAGUUCAAGAAGCUGAACACGGAAGUGAUUGCGGCCAGCAUCGAUUCUCACUUCACCCAUCUCGCCUGGAUCAACACUCCGCGAAAGGAGGGUGGCCUCGGUACGAUCAACAUUCCUCUGGUGAGCGACAUCACGCACACCAUCUCCAAGGAUUACGGUGUGUUUUUGGAUGAUCUGGGCCAUACCCUGCGUGGAUUGUUCAUCAUUGACGAUCGCGGUAUCUUGAGGCAGAUUACCAUGAAUGAUCUACCAGUCGGUCGGUCCGUCGACGAGACGCUACGAUUAGUGCAAGCAUUCCAGUACACGGAUAAGCACGGAGAAGUUUGCCCUGCUGGAUGGAAACCAGGCCAGGAUACGAUCGUACCGAACCCGGAAGCAAAAAUUAAGUAUUUCGAGAAAAAUCAUUGA